AUGGAAAAUUGGUCGGUUGAUCAAGUCUGCAACUGGUUGAGACAGAGAAAUUUAGGAGAACUAGUUCCUAAGUUUCGUGAAGAAGAAGUAAGUGGAGCAGCUCUUCUGGCUCUUAAUGAUCGUAUGGUGCAGCAGCUGGUGAAGAAGAUUGGGCACCAGGCAGUGCUGAUGGACCUGAUUAAUAAAUACCAGCAACAAAAAAGUGGGCUAGAAUCCCCUGGUGAGGCCGCACCUCGAAUACUGGCUACUGACAGACAAAUGUUAAAUGCUUCUGGUCCUGUGGAGCAGAAAAAAUAUCCGUGCUCAACUGAAAAUGAAGAAGGACUAAUUGAUCACAGAGUGCUAAAGCAAAAAAAAAAUCUGAAGUCAUUUUUUGCAAGAUACAAGACAUUGCAGUGGACAAGUUCUUAUGCUUUGCCAGACUUCCCUUACGACGUCAAGUGCAUAUUAGCAGAAAAAAAAUGCCCUGAUCACAGUAUGAGAAUAAGGAUUAUUGAAUUUUUGCAAGCAGACAUGACAAAAUACCUAGAAGGAUCGCUGUAUCCCAACAGUCAGCAAUAUAACAUUGUUGUCAAUGCUCUACUGCAGGCAUACCCAUUCCUCGAUGAAGAUGGGAAUGGCUUUUUGCUAUGGAAACGGGCCCUUAAAGAUCGCUUCAAGUAUGUGAGGAGACCCAUUGAAGAUGAUGAGCAAGUCCUGAGGAACAAAUGCAAGUUUGGCCACAGGCGAGGACAGACCAGGAAAUCUUCAUUUGCUGAAAACAAACCUGAUGAUGUCCAGGUGCAGGUAGAGGAAAAACCCGUUCAUCUUGAAGGCAGUGCAAUGGAUGUACACAUUAAAUGGCUUAAGGAAGAAUAUAUGAAAACUCAGAGGAACUGGAAAGAAGUGGAUAACAGAAUGAAUGUGACAAUAGAAAUACGGAGGAAGAUGAUCAGCAAUAAGGCACCUUUAAAAGACAUUCUUAGAUUAUUUCCUUUCUUAAGAUGCCCUUAUCAGCUUUUUAGGGAGUUCCAGCUUCUCACACACAUGGACAUUUAUAAGAAAACAGUUGAGAUUUUGGAGAUUUAUUCAGAAAACAUAUUAUCUUUGUAUGUGGUGAGGAAUAAUCCAAUUAACAUUAUGCUGCAAGAAAAUCUGAAGCGGCACACAGAGGAAGACAUUCUGAAAUAUAUGAAAAUGACUGCUGCAUGUUUACUCCUGCCAGAAGUCUUUGGAGACGAUUCCAGUCUGUUUGCUGCAGUGAACGAGGAGGUGAAGGUGGUGACACCAGUGUUGGAAGUCAAAAAUCCCUUCAAUGUGAAUUCAUGCGAGUUUGCACUGUACGUAGGAAGAGAAGAGCUAGCCCAGCUCGAUGACUGCACCAUGGCCCUGGCGGCGCUGGUGGCUGCAUUUCACGUGUUCGAUAUCCCGUGCCCAAAGAGAAUCCACAGGACGCUCAACUUCCUGGAGUCCCUGGUCUUUGAGGUGAGGAGCCCAGCAUCCCUGUCUGCCCAGGUAAAGAGAGGGCUGGAGGUACCCGAGUAUCCCAGUAUCUGA